AUGGGUGGCCCCUGGAACAGCAGCUGCGAUAGCACCGAUGGCGCAGCCCCGGAGACCCAGCAGGGGUCCUUGCCCCGUUGCGACGAGAGCCGCUGCUCUCCCUUCCCCCUGAGUGCUCUGGUGCCCGUGACGGUCGUGUGCCUGGGCUUGUUUGCCGUCGGGGUGAGCGGCAACGUGGUGACUGUGCUGCUGAUCCGGCGCUACCGGGACAUGCGAACCACCACCAACCUGUACCUGGGCAGCAUGGCCGUGUCCGACCUGCUCAUCCUGCUCGGCCUCCCCUUCGACCUGUACCGCCUGUGGCGCUCCCGCCCGUGGGUCUUCGGGCAGCUGCUGUGCCGCCUCUCGCACUACCUAAGCGAGGGCUGCACCUACGCCAGCCUGCUGCACAUCACGGCGCUGAGCGUGGAGCGCUACCUGGCCAUCUGCUACCCACUGCGCGCCCGGGUGCUCAUCACCCGCCGCCGCGUGCGAGCGCUCAUUGCUGUGCUCUGGGCCGUAGCGCUGCUCUCUGCCGGCCCCUUCUUCUUUCUAGUGGGCGUCGAGCAGGACCCAGCCCCCGACCGAGCGAAGGGCGGGACACUGGCUGCCAAUAGCACUUGGCCGGCAGCCCCUCCCUCCUUGCCCUCGGAGACCACCCGGCCCUCCGCCGGGACGCCCUCCCAGGACGCUCCAUCGGGGAGCGCGGCGGCGGCAGUGAUGUUCAGUCGGGAGUGCCGGCCAAGCCGGGAGCAUCUGGACGUCCUGCGCGUCAUGCUCUGGGUCACCACCGCCUACUUCUUCUUGCCCAUGCUCUGCCUCAGUGUCCUCUACGGACUGAUCGGGCGGGCGCUGUGGAGGAGCAGGGCUCCGCUGCAGGGGCAGGCAGUCACGGGCCGGGAGAAGGACCAUCGGCAGACCGUGAGGGUCCUGGUGGUGGUGGUUCUGGCAUUUAUAGUUUGCUGGUUGCCCUUUCAUGUUGGCAGGAUCAUUUACAUCAACACCAAAGAUUCCAGGACAAUGCACUUCUCCCAGUACUUCAAUAUUGUGGCUCUGCAGCUCUUCUACCUGAGUGCAUCCAUCAACCCUGUCCUCUACAAUCUCAUUUCAAAAAAGUACAGAGCAGCUGCCUACAAGCUCCUGCUUGCAAGGCAAUCUGGAGGAAAAGGUUCUGGAACCAGGGACGUGGGAGGGGAAACUGGAGAAGAGACUGGAACAGAAACAGCAGGCUACCCUGAGAGCAGUGCUAGCAUAAAAAAAAAAAGAUACCAGGAGUGCAGUCACCAGAAAGCCCAAGGAUGGCCUCUCUGCUCUCAAUAG